AUUGUAGUUGAUCGUACGAAGGUAAAAUUCUCUGAAGAAUACAAGACAAUAAUAAACAAAACCUUCCUGUCGAUACCUACCUACCACAUCAAUUUAUUAUUAUUUCACUAUUCACUUCUUGAUAUUUUACAUUAUCUAUUAUCCUUAUUUGAAUGAUAUCUGUCUGACUCCUCCUCUUCUUCUCUUACACCUUUGAAAGCUUAAACGGGAAAUAGCGAACCGACAUACCGAUUCUUUUCAGAAUUCCAAAUUAAACUUCCGUCCAUACCUGAGUUCUCGACCUCUAAGCCAUCACCAGAAGGUUCAAACCACAAACAAACAAUACCACUCCUUACCCCAUUCAACACAAACAACAUCUAUCAAAAGACAAGACGACCAGUUCAAUUCAAUCCGAUACUGUACCAAUCAAUUUCUAAUUGUAAUCAACGACCAGAGGCUUGUUGGUAUGUAUGUUUUGAUCUAUUUACUUUCGACUCUUCUGCUUCUCCUUAUCCUGUCGCAACACAAGUUGAACUAAUUUCCCACUCCAGCUCUCUUUCAACCACCACAUCGACCACCACCAACCACAUCUACAUCCAUAAACAUGCCUCAAGGUUACUCAUCUCGCGACGUGGGCGACCCAUCGCAAAUCAAGAAGAAUAAACAAUCUAUGGCAGAUCUCAAAUUAAGACGUCUUACUGAAUUGAACAAUCGUCUACGAGAAGAUUUGGAACGCGAAAGGAUCCCGGUUUCUCAAGCUGCCAAGAGGUAAUCCACUCCUCUCCUCCUUUGAAUUCCUCGACAUUCAAAUGAAUAUCAAUCACUAAUGCGCGAUACUCAUCUAGUAUCAUCCAAUACACCAGUCAGACAAAAGAUUUUAUGGUUCCGUCAAUUUGGGGUACCGUUGAUAAGAAGGAUGAUCCAUAUGCGCCGCAACAAAGUGGUGGAUGUUGUUUGGUGAUGUAGGAAAAAGACAGAGACAUCAAGAUAAAUCGAAAUGGAAAGCAUACGAACGACCGACAACGACCACUCAUAAUUUCAUCAAUCACUCAAUUCAUAAAUCCAUCCACUUACACCAAUUUCGAUACCGAUCCUUACAAAAUCACGUACAUCACCACAGGGGACAGAGGGAGGCAGCAGACCAGAAUAAAGGGCGUUAUUACGGGGCGUAUUGGGAAACAUUCACUUUCAGCCUUCUUCGACAUUAU